AUGGUGGUCCCAGCCAGCAGCAGGUCCCUGGGGGAGAGGCAGAGAGCACAGAGGCCCAUCUCACACCCCCAUUGCUCUGUCUGCCCCCAGGAAACCAUCCAGCAGCUGGACAGCGAGCUGAGGAACACCAAGUGGGAGAUGGCAGCUCAGCUCCGGGAAUACCAGGAUCUGCUCAACGUCAAAAUGGCCCUGGACAUCGAGAUUGCUGCCUACAGAAAGCUCUUGGAAGGGGAGGAAUAUCGGCUCGAGACUGGCAUUGGGAUGCUCUCCUACCCCGAGGUGGUCCCCAAGGCUCCCAGCAUCACCACCAACAUCAAGGUGAAGAGCGAGGAGAAGAUCAAGGUGGUGGAAAAAUCGGAGAAGGAGACGGUGAUUGUGGAGGAGCAGACGGAGGAAAUCCAGGUGACCGAGGAGGUCACGGAGGAGGAGGAGGCUGAGAAAGAGGCUGAAGAGGAGAAAGCUGAAGAGGAGGAAGAAGAAGAGGAGAAAGCUGAAGAGGGUGAAGAAGAGGCCAAGUCUCCUGCAAAAGAGGAGGCCAAGUCCCCAGAGAAACCUGAGUCCCCCUCAAAGGAGGAGGCCAAGUCCCCUGAAAAGCCCCCAACCCCCUCCAAGGAGGGGGCCAAGACCCCAGUUGUGAAGUCCCCAGAAAAACCUGCAACCCCCUCCAAGGAGGAGGCCAAGAGCCCAGCUGUGAAGUCACCAGAGAAACCCCCAACCCCCUCCAAGGAGGAGGCCAAGAGCCCUGCUGUCAAAUCCCCUGAAAAGCCACCAACCCCCUCCAAAGAGGAGGCCAAGACCCCCACGGUGAAGUCCCCAGAGAAACCUGCACCCCCCUCAAAAGAGGGGGCCAAGACCCCAGUGGUGAAGUCCCCAGAGAAACCUGCACCCCCCUCAAAGGACGAGGCCAAGACCCCCGAGAAACCCUCAGCCCCCCCUAAGGAAGAGGCCAAGAGCCCGGCGGUGAAGUCCCCAGAGACACCCGCAGCUCCCUCAAAGGACGAAGCCAAAGCCCCCUCUGUGAAGUCCCCAGAAAAAGCCCCAACCCCCUCAAAGGAGGAGGCCAAGAGCCCAGCUGUGAAGUCACCAGAGAAGGUCAAAUCUCCCGGGAAGGAGGAGGCCAAGUCUCCACAGAAGGAGGAGGCCCCGGCCAAGGAGCCAAGCCCUGCUCCGAAGGAGCCGAAAGCCCCCGCCAAGGAGGAGCAGCCCAAGGAGCAGCCCAAGGCUCCCUCCAAGGAGGAGGGAAAGAAGGAGGAAGCUCCCAAGAAGGACGUGCCAGCCAAGGCAGAGGAGAAACCCAAAGAGAAGGUGGCUGCUGUGCCAGAGCCUCCAGCCCCACAGGUGAAAGAGACCCCCAAGCCAGGCCCCAAACCAGCUGAAGAAGGAAAAGCUGAGAAGGAAACUCCACCAAAACCUCAGCAGGAGGUCGGCAAAGCGGCUGCCAAGGAGGCUGAGAAGCCAAAGGCUGAGGAGAAGGUGGAGGAGACGAAGAAGAAAGUGGAGGAGCCAAAGAAGGAGAAGGCGGAGGAGCCCAAGAAAGUGGAGGAACCCAAGAAGGAGAAGGUGGAGGAGCCCAAAAAGAAGGUGGAGGAGCCCAAAAAGGCGGAGGAACCCAAGAAAAAGGUGGAAGAACCCAAGAAGGAGAAGGUGGAGGAGCCCAAGAAGGCAGAGGAGCCCAGGAAGGAGAAGGCAGAGGAACCCAAGAAAGCGGAGGAACCCAAAGCCCAAGCAAAACCCAAAGAUGAGCCCAAAGCCAGCAAGGACCCCCCCAAGGCCGAGGCCCCCUCUGGCAAGGAGGGCACAGCCCCGGAGCCGGCCCCCAGUGCAGGGAAGAAGUGAGUGGAGAGUCCUGGGUGCCAAUGGGCACUGCGGGCACGGGGGCUGCUCUGUCCCCCUCCCCGAGGGCCGGGCCCGGGGUGGGACCCCCAGGCUGGGCUUCCCCUUAGCAAUAGGCCCUGUGAGAGCCGCAGGGUGGGCGACGCUUCCCUCGCAGAACGUGAUCCCCACAUUUAACACUUGAAUUAUAACCCAGGAGAAGGGGGGACACCCCCGGGGACACCCCCAGGGACACCCCUUCUCCUCUAAGUGCAUUUAUUCAAUGUAUGUGCAACGGAUGGACGAGUGCAAUGCAGAGCUGUAGCUGCUUGGGGGGGGCUGGCGGGGUCUGGGGGAAGGACUGUCCCCUGGAGCAGCGGUGGGAGAGGCUGGGAGCUGCAGGAAUGCUCCCAGGCACAGGCUGGGAGCUGCAGGAAUUGCUCACAGACACACACGGGUGCACCAGGAACCUCAGCCCACUGAUCUUUGCUUACUGUGCAAUAACCAAAUAAAAGUGCUUACGGAGA